AUGGCCUCAUCACCAACAAAGACAGGCCAAUGUCUCUGCGGCGCCAUCAAAUAUAAACUCGCAGGACCCAGUGCGAAGCCGUACUACAACACUGUCUGCCACUGCCUAAACUGCAGAAGGGCCACGGGCUCGGCAUUCUUGCUGGCAUCGAUCUGCCCACGCGAUGGCUCCAAAGUAACGCAAGGCGCAGAGCACCAAAAGGAGUACUGCGACAUCGCUACCGACUCGGGAACGAAGCUGAAGCGAGACUUCUGCUCCCAGUGCGGCAGCAAGCUGUUCGCCUAUACACCAUUGUGGGACGAAAUCGUCAGCGUCACAGCCGGUACGCUCGACGACUUCGACUCCUGGGUCCCCGACACCGAACAAUGGUGUGUUCAUCGCGCGUCUUUCCUUACCCAGACCACCACCGUCUCACCCGAUAGGACUUUUGACAAGGCCGUGCAGAAGGAAUAG